UUAGGAGUAUAUAUAUAUAGUGCAAAAGUCGGCCACGAGGUGAGAGAGAGGCAAGGCCCAAUCACCAGCUGCCACUCUCUCUCAAGAAGCUGCCUUUGGAUCGCUAACCCUUUUCUAGUGCUCAGGGAAAGCUAAGCUAAAUAAGCCAUAGAGGUGAAGAGGGGGGAAAAGAAAUCCUCAGAGAAAUUGAGCAAGAACCGAGGGAGAUCGCCUCCUGUCUGUCCCUCGUGCCAAAGGGGGCAGUUUGAGCUUGUCACUGCGCCGUCUGGUGAGAUCGAUCGAUUGGAGUGAGCUGAGCUGAGCUGCGGGAAGAAAGGAGAAGCGGAUUGGAGAUGAUGAGGGACGCGUACAUGGAGGUGCUCCCUCCCAUGGACCACUACGCCUCCAGGGGCAACUGGUUCAUGCCGCCGCCGCGGAAGUGGUCGCCGGAGGAGAACAAGCAGUUCGAGCGGGCGCUCGCCGGGCUUGACCUGCGCUGCCCGGACUGGGACAAGGUGGCGCGGGCCAUCCCCGGCAGGUCGGUCAUCGAGGUCAUGAGCCACUUCAAGGACCUGGAGCUCGACGUCCAGCAGAUCGAGAACGGCAUGGUGCCCUUCCCGGUGUACGCCCCCGGCGGCGGCGGCGGCGGCGGCGCGUUCACGCUGCAGUGGGACGGGAGUGGCGGCCACGGGGUCGGGGACUUCAGGAACGCGUACAGGUUCGGCGGCGGCGGCGGGAAGCGCCACUUCGGCCGCACGCCGGAGCAGGAGAGGAAGAAGGGCGUGCCAUGGACGGAGGAGGAGCACAAGUUGUUCCUCUUAGGAUUGAAGAAAUAUGGGAAAGGGGAUUGGAGGAACAUUUCCCGCAAUUUUGUGCAGACGAGGACACCGACGCAGGUGGCCAGCCAUGCGCAAAAGUACUUCAUCAGGCUCAACUCCGGUGGCAAGGACAAGAGGAGAUCCAGCAUCCAUGACAUUACCACGGUUAACCUGACAGAUGACCGGCCUCCCUCGCCGUCACAGUCUUUGAUCACCAAUCAGUCCAACACAGCAGUUGCCCCUUACUCAUCGACAUCCGAUGUUAAGCCACAGAACGCAGCGAAUGCGUCGUUCAAUUCACCUAGCCGGACACUUGGGAUGCCGGCUUACGGGAUGGGAUUGCAAGAUCAAGGUUUGCAGUGUGGUGGUCCUCUACAUGAUCAACUAGCCGCCAGCCGAAGCAUAUUGUUUUAGAUGCAACCAAUCCAAGCUGCACCAUGGGUCAGAUGCCUAGUGUAAUAUUGCCUUGCUUGUAGCUUCACUACCUGUAUUGAAGUAAUUAAUUAUGGGAAUUUUUCGGAACAUAGCAGAGGGGGGAGGGAUCUUUGUGUCAUGUUGGUGACUGGUGCUCUGUGAUCCAUAAUUGUUGGCAAUACUGAGGAUGUAACGAAAAGAACGUCAAGAACUUGAUGCCAUGGUAUUUUCAGACAGUGAUUGCUAGUGCUGAACGUUGAUCAUGCAUGUAUUCUAUGAAGUGGACUUGAAUUCAAUCAUGGAUCCAGCUUUUCUGAGGUGGAUGAGAAGAAUUCUAUUGUAUGUUCUUCAGUGAUGCACUGAGAACACAUGUUUCCAUCUGAUUGAGGGAUUGAGAUCAUGCUGUGCUUCACACUUAUCAUCAAUUUUGCCCAUUGGUGCUUGCCCCAUCUGAAGUGUUCAUUGAAUUCCUUUGGAUAAACGAAAAUUAGUUUGC